AUGCUAAAUUCAAUAAUAAAAAGACUGGAACCUCCAGAAACAGCCUCAGAAAUAUCCAUAAUGGGAGAUGCAACGCCAGUAGACUCCGAUAGAUAUUCGGAACAUACAGACCCAGAAGAUGAAGUCCCUUGGUCGGCUCCAGACAUCCACCAGGAGGAUUACAUGUGCGUGAACUUUACUCCCAUUACGAAGGAACAAGAACCAGCUAUUCCACCCCCGAAACCACAUAUACUGUUACAGGGCAAGGAAUGUCAAAGACUUGGACUCGCCACCUUCAACAAAAUCAGAUACUUAGAGGUACAGAAAAAACUGCAAGGUUUUCUCAGCUUUGCGAGUUAA